CGUCUGAUCACACAGAUUUUCUCAAAGCAGAGAAUGGUUAACGACAACAAUAACCCGAACAAUGGUUCAUGCGGGAACAUUACGAACUUCAAAACUACCACUUACAUACAAACUUAUAUCAUCGUAUUUGUUUUUGGAUUCAUUGAAAAUGUCUUCCGUUUAUACAUACUCCUGAAGUUCUACAAGAGGAACACAACAUUCAGCAUCGUCAUGGUGAACCUGGCAAUAUCAGAUCUGCUCUUCGUCUGCACUUUGCCCUGGCGGGUGCAUUACUAUUGGAAUGACAGAAUUUGGCACUUUUCAUGUUCCUUAUGCAUGUUCCUGACUUAUGCUGUGUACCUGAACAUGUACUGCAGCAUUUACUUUCUAACCCUAAUGAGCGUAUUGCGGUACUUCGCCGUAGUGCAUCCAAUGAAAGCUUUAAAGUAUAGAAGUGUCAGAUCCGUGCAAAUCAUUUGUGUCGUAAUAUGGGUGUUUGUGGGAGUCUCAACCUUUCCUUUUGUGAUUAAAAAAAAUCAACAAAAUGUUUCGAAUACAGAAAAAUGCUUUGAACUCAAUCAGAUUAAUGAUGAAACUAGUCUGACGCCUAACGUAUCUAUUAUGAAUUUCUUUUCUCUAGUAGUAGGGUGCAUUAUUCCCUUCUUAACUAUCAUUGUGUGCUACAUAUUUGUUGUUAAGACUUUGCUAACUUCAGAAGCAAAGUACCACCAGCAAAAGCGCUCCCGCAGAAAAGCGAUUGCAAUGAUUAUUAUUGUAAUGAUUAUAUUUCUAACCAGUUUUCUGCCUUAUCACAUUCUACGAACAGUCUAUCUUGUCACAAGGAAUAUGGUAAAUUCACCCCGGGUCAGCUGUUCCUCUCACAAAGGGGUGGUGGUUACCCUGUGUGCAGCGGCAAUCAAUCCCUGUUUGGACCCCCUUUUAUAUUACUUUGCUGCGGAAACCUUCCGAGGCAAGGUGAGAAGCACAAUCAAGACCACAUUCAGAGGCUCUCUUGCCUUGAUGCAUCAAACCUGA